UUGGCGGGGGCGUGGGGUGGGGGACCUGGCACUUUGAGCCAGAUCCGAGCAGGCCCAGCCGCAGAGCGGCGCCCAGCGAGGGAAGCCAACUAGUUCGCUCCUCGCGGAGCAGAGUCCGAGUUGGAGGCAGAAGCUCGCAGGAUCCGGCCAAGGGAAGGCAAGGAAGCCGGGAGGAGGGACUCCCGCGGCGGGGGGAGGAGAGCGAGCGGGUUUGUCUUAGAUAAUCGGCAAAAUUAAAAAGAAAGAAAAGGAGAACCGUAGGACCCCGGCGCACAGCGAGGCGGGUGCAUGCGAGCGUCCCCACUCGUGCUCGGCGGGCGCCCGGGAGACAGGAUGCAGCAUCCUCUGACGGGGGCCACCUGCGUGGCGCUCCCCAACGUGGGCAUGUGUCCCCAGCUCUCGUGUGCCUUGACUUUCAUGUACUUGCAGCAGGGUAAUCAGGAAGCAGCAGCUGCCCCUGACACGAUGGCCCAGCCUUACGCUUCGGCCCAGUUUGCUCCACCGCAGAACGGCAUCCCCGCGGAAUACACGGCCCCCCACCCCCACCCCGCGCCAGAGUACACGGGCCAGACCACCGUCCCCGAGCACACGUUAAACCUGUACCCUCCCGCCCAGUCGCACUCGGAGCAGAGCGCCGCGGACACCAGUGCGCAGACCGUGUCCGGCACCGCCACACAGACAGAUGACGCAGCACCACCGGACGGCCAGCCCCAGACGCAGCCUUCUGAAAACACAGAAAACAAGUCUCAGCCCAAGCGCCUGCAUGUCUCCAAUAUCCCCUUCCGGUUCCGGGAUCCAGACCUCCGGCAAAUGUUUGGUCAAUUUGGUAAAAUCUUAGAUGUUGAAAUUAUUUUUAAUGAGCGCGGCUCAAAGGGAUUUGGUUUCGUAACUUUCGAAAAUAGUGCCGAUGCGGACAGGGCGAGGGAGAAAUUACACGGCACCGUGGUAGAGGGCCGUAAAAUCGAGGUAAAUAAUGCCACGGCUCGCGUCAUGACAAAUAAAAAGACCGUGAACCCCUAUACAAACGGCUGGAAAUUGAAUCCAGUUGUGGGUGCCGUCUACAGUCCCGAGUUCUAUGCAGGCACGGUGCUGCUGUGUCAGACAAACCAGGAGGGACCCUCCAUGUACAGUGCCCCCAGUUCACUUGUAUAUACUUCCGCAAUGCCCGGCUUCCCGUAUCCAGCUGCCACCGCGGCAGCUGCCUACCGAGGGGCGCACCUGCGAGGCCGCGGCCGCACCGUGUACAACACCUUCAGGGCCGCGGCGCCCCCACCCCCUAUCCCGGCCUACGGCGGAGUAGUGUAUCAAGAGCCUGUGUAUGGCAAUAAAUUGCUGCAGGGUGGUUACGCUGCAUACCGCUACGCCCAGCCCACUCCUGCCACUGCUGCUGCCUACAGUGACAGAAAUCAGUUCGUCUUCGUUGCAGCAGAUGAAAUUUCUUGUAACACCUCUGCAGGCCUAAAUUAUAACCAAAAUAAUUACUAGGAAAUCUUGCCAGUGUGUUGCUCUUGGCCAACGAGGGAGGACCUAACAGCUCAUCCAUUGCUGGCUGAGCAUGCCAGGACCUUCAAAAGCAGACAUUAAGCCCGAGCUUACAAAUAGACCCUCAUCUGUUACCAGCCACCGUUGUCAAUGAAGCAGUAAAAAAGCUUGCUUGCUAAUGCUCCUCUCCCUAUUUGGAGUCUUUGGUGAGAGUGAAUGAGAGGAAGGACAGGGUUAGGAAAAUGCCCCUGGCCCUCUCUGUCCCCACAGGCAGGACCACCCCCAAACUCUGCAUCAUUUCACUUAAAGAGUUGGUCUCAGCACAUUUAAUGGUGUGAAGUCUGACCCCUCAAGUUCCAAAGGUUUGCAUGCUGAUUUUUUUAAAGCAAUUUGCUGACUCCAUUUGUACGAAAUCCCUUUGACAAUGACCUUGCUGUUUCCCCACUUCCAUCCCCAGCCUUAAAGAAGCCUCCGCUUCUCCCUGUGAGAGGUGGUGACAUCCUAGCACUCCACUAACACCUCACAGCAUCAGGUCACUUGUAAUUGGCCCUUCUCGGGGUGGCAGGGGAGUGUUCCUGGACUGCCAGAAUAGUCUGAGGUUCAGAGCCUUGAAAGAGGGGCACACACAACUCAGGGGAAGGUGCAGGCCAGAAGUCGGAGUGCUCUGUGGACGGGCUGGGUUCUAGAGCUUCUGACUUCCCUGUGAAACUCUGUGCAGGCUCCAGGGUGUCUUAGACUAUAUUUUGACAUCAGAGACCCAACACUGAAAUGUCACAACCUAAAAUAUAGAACCUGCUUUCAUCCCACCACUUAACAAACCCUGCCAUGUCAGCAAGUGACCCACACAUCAGAUUCCCAAAAGGAGCGACGGCUGUGAACAUGUGUGUGAGGACGGCAGGGGUUUGGGCCCACCUUAUUUAAUUCCAAAUGGCCGCUCAGUGUAUUCUUAAUGAAUUGCUAUUGGUCACAUUUCAAAUUGAUAGAGAGAUCCCUCGCCCUCUGAUGGUCACAUUAAUAGUAUGUCGUGGCUUCAGAAGGUUCCAUUGGAACUCAGAAUUUUGAAUCGAGCUUGAAAACGGAGACACCCAUCUCACCCCAGUCCACAGUGGGAAAGAGGCGUCAGCCCUGCAGUGAAGUGAGGGUCUUCCAGGGCUUCCUCCUCUCUGUGCUGGCACCCAGCCCACCCACACUGCACACAGCACCCCUGCCAGGAUCUCGCCUCCUGGUGUGAACACCCCACGAGGGGCAGGCCGUUGCAUCCUGAUAUCGGCAAACACCAGGGUUUGGCUAAAGUCAAGGUGUCUCUUUUUAUGUGCAGAAAGAAAUCGACACAAUGCUUAACAUCUGUGGGGGGAGGCAUGCUGGAUUUUAUGCCCCGAGAGUCUUAUGAAGAUGUGCUCUUGCAGCAACACUGCCAUCAGAGCAGCCCAGACAGUCCUGUCGUGACUCAGGGUAGAGACGGGGAGAUGAAAACCAUUAGGCAGGAGCCAUGACAGCACCCAAGGCUUUCUUUAAGUUCCCCAAGGCAAAGUGACAGUUCUUACUGGAGACUUUUGCAGUGUAUGCCAAAAUGCCCAUUUUGCUUUGGUUGGCCAUGUAGAAUAAACGCUUUUCCUUAGCAUUAGUGGAUUGUGAGACUGUGUUUACAGGGACACUGGUUUUCUAAGUCCGUGUUGCAACACUGGUAUUGCUUGUUUUGCUUUAUUUUGUGAUAAAGGGCACCACUGGGCACUGUCCCUUUAAGAGCAGGGCAGAAGAGUACCUGUUUUGUGGCCUCAAGAGUCUCCAGGACUUAGAUUCUGCAGGAGAUGGCAAAGGGACAGAUGAUUUUCCCGUCUUCUUAGACUCCAAGUCUCCCUGCCUCUUGGUUUACUAGAACUUUUCCAGGCUGGGCUGGUGGCUGAAGCAGAGUGGUCAGGUCCUGCAUGAGAAAGGAGAUUGAAAAGGAAGUUACUGAUUUGGAUGAGAGGCUGGAAAUUCACCGGAGUCCAUCAUAACCUAUGGAGCCGAUGUCGUGUGCGAGGAAUUGUGCUGAGCUCUGAGGUCACAGCCUUACAUAAGUCAGGAGAAGACCCCAGGGAAAGAACCUCCCUUCUCCUAGAGAGCAGAUCCCAGCAUGCAUCUGAACGAGCACAGGGUUCGCUUGUCCGUGAAGCUAUACAGGGUCAAUGCGCCACACAGCGGGGGAGAGCCAGAACCUGGAGUGUAAGGCAAUGUCAGAUUCAGAUCUGAGAAGGCGUCUCUGAGGACCGACAUUGGAGCAGGGACCUGGGUGAAGGCACGAGCCAGGUCAACAGUUGCAAAGUUGAGAGUGAUUCAGGUUGACCUGGCAGCGAGUGCAGAGGCCCUGGGUUUGAGGCGUGCUUGAGAGGUCCACGCAGUGAGGCUGUAACAUGUGAGUACAAGUGUUUUAGAGAUGGUAUCCGAGGGUUAGCCAGGGCUCAGAGCAGGUGGAUCUUGGCACCCAUGAACGUGUUUGGAGUUUUACUUCAAGUGUCAUGGGAGGGCUUUGGAGGGCCACACUGCAUCUGACUUAGAUUUUUAAUUGGUUGGUUAGAUGCUUUGUGGAGAGCAGACGGCCAUAUGGUCAGAGCAGAAGGGAGGGAGGCUCUUGCAGCUGUCCAGAGAGGAGCCACAAGAGCCGGGGAGGGCACCAUGGCUGUGUAAUUCGGGAAGUGGUUUCCUGGAUUUUGAUGGGAGAACAGAUAGAACAUGCUGGAAGGUUGGCAGUUGCAGUCUGCGUUAGGUGUCCAUGCUCCCUCUUCUCUGAGGCCGCACGAGUGACUUCCUAGUGUGCCAAGGCUUUAGUCACAGUGGGGAGUGAGUCCCUGCCCCCUGCAGUCAUGGUCCCCGCCCAGGCUUGACUGAAUCCUCAGGGUGUGGCAAGAACGUGCUGUUGUUUGCUGAGCGAAUUCCACACUGGCAGGUGUGACACGUUCGGCACGUGCAUGCUUGUGCACACGUGUGCACGAGCAGAUGGAUGUGUGCGUGUGUGUAAAGACAGAGUCUCAGGACAGACCGCGGAGCUGGAUGGUAGCAUCAUCCUGGUUUUGAAGACCAAGAAAGAAAAGGAAAGGCUCAGACCCAGAGUCUGAACCAGCCCAGAGCCACCCUAGAGGCCUUCAGGAGCCAAAGCUCAUUCACAGGGUCACCCUGGCCCUACUGCCCCUCUAUCCUGACCUUCCUUGACUUUCUGCUUCCAGAUGGGGUACCCCUUUCUCCUGCUGUGCUCUCUUUCCUCUAGAAAAGUAUCAUCUUUUCCCUGGAAGGCACUUUUGCUAACAGUUUGAGGAAGCCCACGGGCACUGGAGGGUGUUUGCUUAACUGGACCUGUCCCCGUUGGGCAGCAGGUGUAGGCCAAUUGCUCCUCUGUCCAGGGCAGGGUCUUCUUUAGGUGCAGGGUUUGGCCUAGGUCAGAUGCCAGGCCAGAGAGCCUGAUGUGCAUAACAGGGACAGAGGGUUGAACAGGUGCGGUGUGCUCCAGGUCAGCCUACCAAACACAUUUGUUGUUGUUGUUGGGAAUCCAUGGCUGAACAUCAAUUACCCUAAAACUACCAGACAAUUUGAGCUAGUCAGUUUUGCCAGUCCCAGGUAGGAGGUUCCCAGCUGGGAUGGUGUGUGUGUGUGUGUGUGUGUGUGUGUGUGUUGAGUAUAGGUGGAGGCUGGGGCUCUCUCCAGUAGCAAGACCAGAACCCCAUAUCGUGGUGGCACAAGAAGCAAACCUGAGACACAGUCCCAGUUCCCAGUUAACACAAGACAGAGCCCCGUGGUGUAAGGGUAGGCAGCUGUGAACACCUCUGCAAAAGCUGCUGAAACUGUCCCCUAUGGGGAGCUCACUCAACUGUCCCCUGUGGGGCAAGGUUUACUAAAUAGUAAAAGCAGUAUCUGUCAAGUUCAGGAGCCUAGGGGGGUGUGCGGCCUCUUCCGUCCAUCUAUCUCCCCUGAACGUGCACACACACGCACGCGAUUGCAACAAAACUUCAAGAUAACAUUGAGAAGAGAUUUCCAAAUUGGCCAUUCCUCUCAUUGACCCUUCAGCAAGUCCCAUCUGUCUUCCCCGCAUUUGGGUGAUUUGCUUAUUCAGCAAAGUUGUCAUUCAGCAAAUUGAUUUGUGGUUAAUUGGUCUGUUUCCAAUGAAGUGCGGGGUUUCUUGCUAGGGGAAGUACUGGGUGCCACCAGAGCAUACAAGCAAAGAAACUCUGCAAAAGGGAUGAUUGCAUUUAUUAUAAGCUUACUGUGUACAGCACUGUUCUGAGAUUGUUGUAUGCAAGAAUAUAAGAGUAAAAUGUCCUCAUCAGUUUAUUUGUAAAUGUCCUCAUCAGUUUAUUUGUUUACAAAUAAACAUCUAGACUGCCCUGAAUUAGCCUGAAUAGGAGAAUGGUGUAUCAGUGCAAAAUUAAUAAAAAUAUAAAAUAGUAGUCAUCAAAUUUUGGAGGAGUGGCUGAAAAUUAAUGCAAAACUUAUUGCAAAUGCAGAGCCCAUUCCAUACCCCCAGAUUCCCGAAUCUGGAGAAGGUGCCUGAAAUUCUGCCCUCUGACAAUUUCCCCAGAGAAUGCCGUAGAGGAGUGUGCAGAUCACACCUUGGGAAACACUAGUGCUCAGUGGAAUCUUUCUAUUCAACAGAAAGCAGGUGGGAAGGUUUUCCAGACUAUUCUGAUGACCUCCAAUGACACGAGGCACUGAACUCUUGAAAUGGGCUGGGCCACCGUGCCAUGGGUUAUACGUGUAAAACAUAUUGGAUUUCCAAAACUUAGCAUUCAAAAGCUAGGUGAAAUAUUUCAUUGAUAAUUGUAUGUGAAUCACACAUUGAAAUGAUGAUAGUUGGAUUAUAUCAAGAUAAAUAAAAAUAUAAAAAUAAAUUUUACCUGUUUCUUUUUACUUUUCUAAAUAUGGCUGCUGUGAACAUUAAAAAAUGACACACGGGGCUCACAUCGGUGGCUUUCAUUCUAUUUCUGUGGGACAGUCCACUUCCAGAGUCAUGUUUUCAUUCACUGACAGUGUGUUCCUUUGUUUUAAUUUUGCCUCCAAGUAAGAGUGUGAGUGUGAGUGUUUGAGUGUGUGUGUGUGUGUGUGUGUGUGCACGCACAUGCAUGCUAUGGAAGGGGAUAUUCCUCCUUGGGGAUCCGCGUCCAGACCUACUUCUUUCAUGCUUGUCAUCUCUCAGGAUCUUUGAUCUGUUUGCGUGGGGCACUGGGGGUCCAGGAUGGUCCAUGGUCAAUUCGGCCUGGAGUGGAGCAUACACACUCCAGGGGCUCUACUGCAGUGUCUGGUCAUCACACGUGCAGGAGAGCUACAGAAGUCUCAGUCCCAAUCCUCCGUCACUAACACUUGUUCAGUUACUAAGUAGCCAGUGAUCAGUAACCAGCACCUCACCCUCAGGGCAGCCUCACCCCGUCAGGAUGCACGUUGGCUUCUGCGUUCCCGGCUGGAGAGAGAGACACUGCUUUCCGAGGUUAUUCAGCACGGAAGCAGCAGAGGCAGAUUUGACUCUGUGAAUUCUGACCCUGAGGAAUCCUUAGCUACUGCUGCUCAACCCUGCUGGUCUGCAGGGGUAUUAAAGAGCUCACCAAAGAUGCAAACCCCUUUGUGAUCCCCCAUGUGGUUUAAACGGCCACUAGGGUGCCAUGGUGAUUUCAGAGCAUGAUGGGAAAUUCCUACUGAUUUUGGUACCGCAGCAGUUGACAUGCAGAAAGUAAAACAGGAUUUCUAAGAGGAGUAUGGUCUUGAGUUUGUCUUAAAGAGUGCACUACCGUAAAGUGGCUCCGUUACUGGAGGAGGCAUGGCGGAGUGGGUGGAUUGUAUGGCCAAGAGUGGGACUGAUUGGUGCCUUCAGUCCCAGAAGUGACUGCUGCCUCUCUAGUUUGAUGAACCCACAGUCAAGGCUCUUAACCCCAAAUCCGCUCCCUUGGAAUUCAUAUUUGGAAGAGGCUUUGAGAGGGCAGAGACAGAGUGAUGCUAUCCAAUUACCAUGAAUGUAAGAUCUCAUUCUUUUUGAUUCUGUAGAUGCUGGAUUUACGUGUGCUUUUAUGUACCUCUGGUUCAGAUGUGUGACAAGGGCCCGUGUGCAAAAACGAAUUCUCUGGCUUCCAGGUAGAUGCUAACAAGCUCAGAAGGCACUUUCCCUCCUGCUUCUGGGUAGAAAAAUCAUGACUCAAAGCUGUGCUGAGUGGUUCCUGAAGGUGAUGCCUUUCGAGCCUUGCUAAGGAAGUGAGCAGUAGAAUUCAGAAAGAGCCGUGCAGAGAUGAAUGGAGAGAUUCUCUCACCUCCGCUUGUGUAUUUUCCAGGGGUUCUGCUGCAUUUGGAGGUGUUUCCUAGGUGUUUUGGGUUAUGGGACUGUGUAUCUUGAGAAGCUUUUAGAACACAAGGGCUUGGUUUCCUCCUUGUCUGUAAAGGUUGAAGUCACUGGAACCAGGAGGAGGCUGCAGCAGGCACAGAGGAGCACUCCUCGUGGGUGCCUUCCCUGAGCUGAGCUGACCAACUGACAUGUGAGGCCGAGGCUUCAGCUGGCCCUGCAUGAGAAGCUGAACAGCCCCCCACCCUGCUGACCAUCGCACCCCAACGUCACUCCCUGUCCACCCAAGCAGUUCUCACCUUAAUACUUUUGGGAGGGUCUUUUCCCUGUUAUAGAAAACCAGGAUGUGUGGCUGGGGGUUCUGGAAAAUUCUCUCCAGUCUUCCUGCAGGGUCAAAGCAGGCUGAUGGUCAGCAGCUCCUCUGCAUGGGGGAUGAAGAUUGACCAUGGUCCCUGGAAGAUCUGCCCACAGUCUUGGCCAUUAGUACCCCCAGCAUCUUGUCAAACUGGUCACACUAUAGGCUCACUAUAGUCUGACUACAGUCUCCCAGACCUUAAAGCCUUAAAGUCUGGGAUUUGGUAGAUAUCCAUUUGUACAGGGAUGAGGGGAUGACCCUUCAUUUCAGCAAUAUACCCAGAGGCCCUGAGCCAGGGAUUUGAAAGACCUUCCGUGGAAGCCCAUGUUCUGAGCCACACCUCUUCAACCUUCAGAGUGAGGGGUUUGUUUUGUUGGUUUGUUGUCAUCCUGGAUUCAGAGAAACCCCCUGAGCCAAAGGGCCCUGUUAGAUGCUGUGGUCAUGAAAUGGCCAGGGCACUUGUCAGAAGCCAUGGGCCUUUGCGGGAGGCUGGGGUUUCUGUGCUGUGUGGCUGCACGGAGGCUCAGUGAUGAGUACAGAGGUGGCCUGUGGUGGCUGGAUCAGGGGCAGAAGCCGUGAGGUCAUCAAGGACAGUGGGAGUGGGAAAGCCACGGGUCCGCUGCCUGGUCUUCUCAGUCCUCUCCCUGGCUGCUGCUCCCUGCCGUCUCUAGCCACUGGGAAUUGCCAAGAGUGUCUGACCCAACACAAGAAGGUGUGGCCGGGGCCACACAUUCCUGCCAUGUCACCUGUGGAUGGGGGAAGCCACAACUCAGCAGGGAAUUAUACCAGCAGUGACACAAGCCGGAGGGUUUUCCUUCAGCAGUCACUUGGUUUUCAUUGGGAAAGGUCCCCAAAUCCCCCCAAAUGAGGGUAGUAGGAUGGUUAUCCAGAUGGGUUGGGAAUCACUUCCUCUUAGGCACAAAUAGCUUGUGAUGUUUCCCUUCUCCCUGGUGCCACAGAGAGCCCCAACCAGGCUGGACACUGGGCCCAGUCAAGGGGCCUUGUUAAGAGAAAUCAAAGAGAACAUCCCUAGCUAAACCUUGGCUCUCUGAACAGCAGGUGUUAGAAACCCUGGGCUCCUGUGUGGUCAGUGUGGUGGUUGCAUGGAUUCUGUCUCCUACACACUUUAUAGUCUAGAGAGAAAAGGUAGGGCAAGCCACGCAUGGUGGCUCAUGCCUGUAAUCCCAGCAACUCAGGAGGCUAAGGCAGGAGGAUUGCAAGUCUGAGGCCAGCCUGGGCAGGUGGGGAUGUAGGGCUCAGUGCUAGAGCAUCCCUUGGCAGACAAAGGGAAAAAAAAAGGAAAAGAGAGGCACGGAGACUUUCUAGACCCCCUCUGGGAGGCACCCCACUUUGAAUGCACACCCGGCAGCCCUUCCUGUGUGGGAGGCCGGAGGCCUGCCUGCCCUCUUGAUGCGAGAGGGAUGUCAACACUACCUUGUGACCUUCGUCUGAGGGGUGAGCAUAUUUUGUCCAUCUUUCUUCCCCCUGUGGAUCCCCCCAGUAGUCUCCAGGAUAGGAGUCACGGGGAGGUCAUGCUAAGGGUGUUCCCUGAGUAUUGGAGGAUGGGGUGGAAUUGAUACCCUCUUCUUGGAAGCAAACCAUGGGGCUGCCCAAACCCUAGAGUGGGACACCAGCCCAGGCCCGUUGUGUCUCAGCAGCACCCAGCUCGUCUGAACUCCCUGUUGAAAGCGUCAAUAACGAGCGGUAUUUACACUUCUCGGUGGAGCUGACGAAGCACUUCAACAAACAAGGUUCAUAUUUCCCACUCAAGAGGCAGCAGGCUCAUCCAUUUCACUCCAGCAUAACCUCGAGUUCAAGUGCAGCAAUUUGAACUACAUCUGUAACUCAUAAAUUAGAUAGACCUCCCCUCCAGUGUGAUUGCCAGGGCUGCGCGCAGGCACGCUAGGCAGAGCCUCUCAGGUCCCCGGAAGAGCCAGCCUCAGGGCGGGAGUGAGGAGCCUGGCAGCACCGUUGCCAGUGUCUGUGGGGGCUUUCAAACGCACCUGGUUUCUAUUCCUGCACUUUCUCUGAAUUUGGCAGGGCUCAGGCAGGGAAGGGUCAUUUCACCAGGGAGGUGGCCAGGGCUGGGCAGGGGAGUGAGGACAUGGAGCAGCCUGCGUGCAGCCUGUUCUGGCCCGGCCCACGGCUCUCCCUGGGGCCCCGGCUUGCCCCCUGGUUUUAACAUGUUUGGGAGCUCAGAGGAGAGGGGUCCUCCCCUGUGGCCAGGGGCUGACAGCUGUGGAGGCCCAGCCAGCAGAGCAGUCGUCUGGGAUUUCCUUGUUCGGUUUUCCCCUAAAGGGUUUUGAUGAACUCUUCUUGGCCACUGAGCUCGUGGGGAUGAUGUAAAGUUCCAUGUUCUGUGUUUCUAGAGACCCCAGAAGCCUUUCUUCUGUAGAUCUUCAAGGGUUUUGAAUGUCUGGGAGCCACUGACUUAGAACCUUCAGAAAGCCUAUUGCAAAGAACCUUCCUACUGAUAGAAGACCCUGACCCAUCCCACAGAGAGGAGCUUCUGACGUGCUCCACAAGGGCGCCUGAUAGGUCCCACCGGUAGAUCCCACUGGUAGGGUCUCCUGAUGGAUCUCACUGAUAGAAUCAUCUGAUGGAUCGCCAUGGUGGCACCUCCUGUUAGAUCCCCGGGAUGGAACUGUGGCCGUGGUUCAAGUGUCUCCAAGGCCCUCUUCCCUCCUGUCCACCUGCAUGGCCCCUUUCCUCCUUCACUGCAGAGUAGACUCAUGGGGCCCCAGCCUCACAGAGCCCCCCUGGCAGGAGGGAGGAAGGUCAACAUUCAGAGAGAGAAAAGAAGUGACGAGGGAUUUGCUGAAUGUCACCAGGGACUAGGAAGAAGGUUGAAAAGUGUCCUUGAGAGGGAGUGGUCAGAGAAAGAGGCAUGGCUCUGAGGAGGGGACAUUAGAUCUGGGACACGGAGGUUGAAAAGAAGCAGCUGAGGUGGAAGGGGGCAGGUGUCAAGGCCCGAGAGACAGGCCGGCUGUCCACGUGUGCAGGGACUGUUGAUGGGGCCAGCGUGCCUGAGCUCCGGAUGCACAGAGGGAAGAAGACAGGGAGAGAGGGACGGCGGAUCACCCAGGUUCAGAUGCUCUUCCAGGGUCAACAGAACACCCUUUGAGAGUUUUAUGCAGAGAGCUGAUGGUGGAUUUAUGUAGAUUUCUGUUGAAUUAGAAAUGGGAGGAUGGGUCAAAGGCUGGACGGGCAGUCCCAUAGAUCUGAGAGAUUUAGUACAUGAUAAAUGCAAAUGGCUGUUGGUUGGAAGGGGCCCGAACUGGCCAAAGGUUCUUGAGUUGGUUUUGAUGGCCAACUAGUUAGAGUGCACGGAGUGCCCUGGACACUUCCAAGAUUCUAUCUGAAAUCACUGAUGGAUGGGCAGAGGGAGAGCAGAGCUGGGCACUUUGCACGGAGAUGACCCCAACAGGAGACAUUCUUCCCUGAUUCCUGGAGAGAUCUUGGGAAUCUCUGCUCUCCCUCUUCACUGUGCUUAGCCCGUGCUGCGGACAUCAGGUUGCUGAGGGGCCUGGCGCAUCUGCUGCAGAAGCAGAGCCCGCGUGCCCAUCUUCCCUAAUAACCUCGUGUCUAAAUUGUCGUGUCCCACAAGGGCGUGUUUAGAAAUUAGCAUUUGAAAAGAAGCCUCCUUGCUUUCAGCUUGAGCUGACAUGGUCCCUUUUCCUCUGUGGAAAUGAAAUUUAUUAAUCAUAAUAAAACCAUCGGAUUCUGAAGGUAGAGGUCACCCCGAGGAGACAAGGAGCCCUACUCAUUUGCGAGGAAUAGUUCAGCGCUGCUGUAUUUUCUUCCGCCUCGGAAGCGCAUACUGCCAGAUUGUUACCUUGGGUUUUCUGCAAAGGUUGAAAUGAUGCCCAGAAUUAGAGUCCAAUAAGGAUUCACCAUUCAAGUACGCAGAAGGAGAAGAUAGGGCCUGCAUCCUCAUUAAGUACAUCCACCCUGCCGAUAUGGCGUCUCCUAAGAACGUGGAAAUUUCUGCCACAGUAAGACCAUUCUCCAAAUUUAAAUCUUCAUAAUAACAAUUGUCUUGGAUUUGUAUCUUGGCAUCUCUUGAUAAAUCCCCAGGGGUUUUUAUUUUUGCCUUUGUAGUUCACAUUCUGUUUGUGUCACCAACUUUGCCAGACAGAAAGGACACCAAAAAUAAUCCCAUUCAGAGGACUUUUUGUAGAGCCAUGGCAGACUGUUUUCUCAGAAGGGAAGGUCAAUGCCGCAGUUAUACAUGAUUUCCUUGUACCCUUCUUAUGUCUCCUUGGUUAGUGGGUGGAGGCCCAGGUCUCUUGAGUGGCCACUGUGAAUAUCUGAGUUCUUUGAGAACCUCCACCCUUCUCUUUUUUUUUAAUAUUUAUUUUUCAGUUGUCGUUGGACACCUUACCUUUAUGGCAUUUAUUUUGAUGCGGUGCUAAGGAUGGAACCCAGGGCCUCACGCUUGCUAGGCGAGUGCUCUGCUGCCGAGCCACCACCCCAGCCCUAACCCUGUGCCUGGCUUUCAUCUGCCCUUCCUCAUAGAGAGCAGGAGAGAUUGGAUGAAAGGCUGUUUUUAGUGGGGACAGAUGGGAGGCUGGGGAGUUGGAACAGGCAGGUGUGAACUGGUAGAACCCAUCUUCCCAUGGGAUCCACGUCUGCGCUUGGGAAGGUGCCCUGCCCAGCUUCCCUCCCCUUCCCCUGCCCCGGGUCUGAGCAGCCAGGUCAGACCCUCCAGCACUUCCCCGGGCAGGAGGAGGGACCAAGAGCCUGGGAAAGGCAGGACUGAAACCCAGACCUUCCCACCCCCAGCCCUCGGCUCUCCCCAGGCCUUGAGUGGCCUCCUCGCUCUCACCAGCUAGUAAGAAGGAGGUUAGAAGGAAAAUGGAGAAAGCCAGAGAAGGGGAAGAUGAAGUAGGCGCCCACUGGACAUCAUGGGCGUAAGGUGGGCGGUGUGGACAGUGCUCUGCUCUCUGCCUUCAUUAAAAUAAAAAAAAAAAAAGUCAAACGUUGAAAACCCACUGAGAUCCCACUCGGUGCCUGGCUUUCGGGUGCCCAGCUGCUGCGAGAGAUGGCUGCCAAUGGAGUAGCACCCUCCCUGCUCCAGCAGACUGUUCUCUGCCCCAGGGAGCCACUCACGGAAGCCCUCCUAAUGCUUCCCUAAGGAGCCGACCCACCGGCCACACCCAUAGGAUCCAGUCCGAGCCGGAAUCCAGCUCUGGCCACGUCCUCUUUCUCUUUUACUCCUGGCUGUGACUUGCUGCCUGCCUCCUGCCCUCCUCUUGAGAGCACCGUCUCCUUAAAUCGCUUGCACAAGUCUCCGUGUUGGACUCCAGGCACCUCGCCUAAGAGCCAGUCUCAGCUUUGAUUGGCACUGAAAUGGCCCCACUCAAAGUACUCCAAGAAGCUAAGUGGCAGGUCAAACCAUGAGGGCGGGUGAGGUUGGACAAGAGGCAGUGAGAUGCCCUGGGACUCAAGGGUCGGCUCUGAUUCUGUCUGGCUGUGUGACCUAGAGCAAGUGAAGGAAGCUCUCUGACCUAGUCUCUGAUUUACGGCAGGGUUUCAUUCUAGGCCCUUAGCAGGCACCCGGCACCUCUGGUUCCAUCUCCUCUUUGUUUUUAUUUUAAAGCCUCUUCUAGAAGCUACAGCUGCAGAGGAAGAAAGAGGGGAGAAGUAGAAAAACUGAAAGAUGAGCCUAAGAUACAUUGUUUCAAAUGCCUUUCUCCCCAGAACCUGGCCAGUGGUGGACAGGUGGCACAGGAGGUGAUAAGGUCAAAGUCAAGUCAGAUGCUAAUUCCUGAACGAAGUGGGGUGAUGGAUGCGUCUGUUCCAUCCUGAGACAUUGGAUGCUAACUGUGCCAACAGCGUCACUUCACCCUUCUGACCCACCCUCUCUGGUUUGAUUGGUGACAGGAAAGUUGGGGACAUUGGGCUUCUUAAAUCUGCUCCUUUGAGUUGUUUCUUCUUGCCUGCCUCCGUCUCUGGGGCAGCUAUGACAGCCAUGUAGGACAGGUAUCAUGGUGGGAGGACAUAUGUGUAUGUGUGUACAGCCAGCCACACACCACAUAACAGCGCUUCAGUCUGUGACAGACCACAUACCCGUCAACAGUCAUAUACGAUCAUACCACCUGAGCUGGACAUGGUGGUGCACACCCAUAAUCCCAGCUACUUUGGAAGAUGAGGUAGGAGGAUCACAAGUUCAAGACCGUGUCUCAAAAUGAGAUUAAUAAUAGGUGAGGUGGCUGGGUGUGGCUCAGAGGUAGAGCACUUGCCUAGUGUGCAUGAGGUCCUGGGUUCAAUCCCUGCUACAGGAAAAACAGUAGAAAGACUGUAUACCACAUGGUGACCUCAAGGUCAAGUUCGUUGGUAUGUACAGUACACUGUAGGAUGUUCCAGCAACAAGACCACCUAACAAUGCAUUUCUCAGAAACUGUUCCAUCAUUAAGCAGUGCCUGACUAGGUAUAUGGGACAUGUCAGGGUGGACCAAAGAGUGCAUUGAGCACAGAUAGCUUUGUCCGUUAACGCGGCAGAUAGAAUGUUUCUUGCCUUAAGAGGAGUAGGACCCCCGCACACUGCCUUGGUAUUUCGUGUUUUGUGAUUGGCAUCAUCGCUUUGUGAUUGC